UCCCUCCAUUGGGAAAGAGCUCGUACCCGAUUGAGGGGAGAGAAAACAGACCCUCUUGAGUCCUGGGAAACAUUUUAAACUACGCGUUUAGAAAAGCACAUGGAGCGAUAACGUUCGAGUUAAGAAAUGUACGAUACCGGAGGAGGAUAAAAUGUCAGCUUUACCGAACGCUGGCAUUUUUAAAGCUCCGUUAAACGAGCAGGAGGAAAGGCUUCAUUAGCGAGCUAACUGACGCUAGCACAGUGAAGUGGGUGAAAACUUCCAAGUCAGAGAGAAUUUGCAAUUGGGAUCGAAAACAAAAAAUCUCGCUUUCUCUUUUUAUUUUUCCUCACCAAUAAGGUUUUUGGCAUCACCUCACCGUGGGUUCAGCUUCAUUUGAUUGUAGGAACACGUGAAAUAAUCGCUUUAUUUACCGCUUGCACAAUUCCAGCAUUGAUUCUCGCAGAAAUGGGAUUAGAGAGGAUUCGCUUUGUGAGGGCAGGCCAUGAACUCAACCACAUCAGGCAAAACACAGAGCAGGCCUGUUAACUAGAAAUCUGUUGAUAUAAACUACUCAAAUUCUGCACUUAACGUUACCCGUUCUGCUGUUGGACUUAAUUGAGGUUGCAAGGUUUGGAAAGGAAGAUUUGGAUCUGCUCUUAUAUGCCAUGUUUUGUGUGUUGACGACAGUGUCAAGAAUCGGAUGAAAGAGUAUCAGGAGUGGUAUUGUCGCCUUUUUAUUUGUGGGAUUUGAGACAAGCAGCAGACACAGAGGAAUAAUAUGUCUAGUGCUAAAGAAAACACUUGUAGGAAAUUCCAAGCGAACAUUUUCAACAAAAGCAAAUGUCAGAACUGCUUCAAGCCUCGGGAGCUGCAUCUGUUGACGGAUCAGGAUCUCAAUCAGGCCAAACCAAUCUAUGGGGGAUGGCUCUGUUUGGCUCCAGAGGGGACCGACUUCGACAAUCCAAUGCAGAGAUCAAGGAAAUGGCAACGGCGAUUCUUUGUCCUAUAUGAACAUGGCUGCUUGCGCUUUGCAUUGGAUGAAUCACCAAGCACAUUGCCACAAGGAACUGUCAACAUGAACCUCUGCACAGACGUAAUAGAUGCUGAACCCAGGACUGGACAGAAGAACUCGCUGUGCAUCAUCACCCCUGAGCAGGAGUAUUACAUCCGAGGAGACAGUAAAGAGAUCAUCAAUGGAUGGAGUGAACAGCUAGUGGUUUAUCCAAGAACCAACAAGCAAAAUCAAAAGAAGAAACGCAAAGUAGAACCAGCAACCUCACAGGAGCCAGGACCUGCGAAGGUAGCAGUGACUGGCUCAGGCAUCCCUGAUGCUGAGAAGACUCCAGACACCAGUUCUAUCAUAUGGCAAGAGGAGCUGCAGAGCAGAGAGGCGGAUGUGUCCCAGUCGUGGUCCACUAACGAAAUGGCACCGCUUGGCUCACAGCUGCCCUCUGCAGGUGAGGGAUCAAUUCUGAGUCUGUGUUCAGAUCAAAGUUCUGUAAACGGUGAUGAGGUGGACCGGAGCGGGCUCUCCUUCCACUCGGCUGUUUCCCAGACCUCUCACGGUCCCCUGUCCCCCACAGGCAGCUCUUCCAGCAGGCACAGCGGAGAGCUGGGGGGCAUCCCCCGCUGCCGCUCCCCUGCUCCCAGCGACCCCUUCCCAUCAGGCAGCAGUCUGCUGUCCAACGGCUCCCAUAUCAGCGGUUCUAUGAGUUCUUUGGACUCGGAUGCCAGCGGCAACACCGUCACCAGCACCGACAGCCACCCAACCGAGGCCACUGGCCGCGUCCAUUGCGGUCUGUCCCGCUGCAAUGACGGCGAGGCCCGCAAGGCAGAAAAACGCAGCCGUUUCCGCAGUCCUGAAAGAAAGGAUAAAGAUUCUGUCUUCAGCCCUGAGAGAAGUGGGCGCUCAAAUGUGAUCGAGAAGCUGGAGGCGUUGGAGCUGGAGCAUGCUGAGAGAAUGGAGGUGGAAAAGACGAGCCGCAGUGGAGUCAGACAGGGCCGAAGUGAAAUGAGACGGUUCCAGAGGGAGGAGCAGAAGCCAGACUCAGCACAAGGUUCAGAGUUCCAUCACUCAACCCUGCUGCCACUGAGGAGAGCCAAGUCACUGGACCGCAGGACUACCGAAUCAGUCAUGACACCAGACUUGCUGAACUUCAAGAAAGGUUGGAUGGUGAAACUUGACGAACAAGGCCAGUGGAAGAAGUAUUGGUUUGUGCUGACGGAUCACAGUCUACGAUACUACAAGGAUUCUAUUGCUGAAGAGGCAUGUGAUCUUGAUGGAGAAAUUGACCUCAGUUCAUGCUAUAAUGUUACAGAGUAUCAAGCUCAACGCAACUAUGGCUUUCAGAUUCACACUCAGGAGGGGGUUAAUACACUCUCUGCCAUGACGGCAGGAAUUCGACGCAACUGGAUCCAAGCAGUUAUGAAAAAUGUCCGGCCGUCCUCUGCCCCAGAUGUUGCCAGCAUGACGAAUGACCACAGUUCUUGCGGACCUUUUGAGAGUCACCCUGACAUCACUCAGGAUUCCCAGGCUUCCGAGACAUCCUCAGUAGAGUGGGACAGCGGAGUCAAGAAGAGUCGGGCAAGGGAACGCAGACGUGAAGGCAGGUCCAAAACUUUUGACUGGGCUGAGUUUCGACCUAUCGCCCAGGCUCUGGCCCAGCAGAGGGCGCACGAAUCAGACACCUUGCAGGCCGAGAUAACCAAUGAGCGCAACAAGAGGAGAGAAGAAAGGUGGAGGAGAUAUGAGAGUGUCACUGGCUCAUCUUUCGAUCCUGUUGCUGAUGGUGCAAAGAUGGACUUUGAGAGUGGGGGCGUGGUCCAGGUAGAUGCACUGCCCCCUUCUGUGGAGCUGCAACAGAAAGUGGAGGAUGAGAUAGAGGAGCGCUGGCAGCAGGUGGAGAAGACACCCAUCAGAGAGGAAAAGAGAGUGACCUUGCCCUCAUCCUUUCAGCCUAGAGACACGUCAGAGCUAGAGAAGCUGGUAGAGAGCUAUAAAAAAGGGGUGGAAGAGCUCAAGGCCCAGUUGGAGAGCUGCCACCAGCAACUGAUGGACUCCAAUCGCCACAAGCUUGAACUGGAGGGUCAGCUUAAAGACGCUCUUGAGCGGGAACAGCAGAUCCGUGCUGGUUACAUUUCACCGCUGGAGUCACCUUUGAGUCUUGAGACAGAGCCCCAGAUGAAGAGGACAGAACUGGCUACAUGUGAACGGGGCUUUGCUGCCAUGGAGGUGUCCCACCAGAAAGUGAUAGAUGAGCUGCAGAAAAAAUACCAGCGGGAACUGGAGAAGCAGCAGAAGGAUAAGGAGAGACUGCUGGCUGAAGAGACUGCAGCGACCAUUGCUGCUAUCGAAGCAAUGAAGAACGCACAUCGGACAGAGCUCGAGAGGGAAUUGGAGAAAGCACGCAAAGCCAGCAGCAACAAUGAAAACGCAGACAUUGAGGAAAUCCGCAGGCAACACGAGGAGGAGCUAAUGUCGUACCAGAGGGAGAUUGAGGUGUUAUCGGAACAGUACUCUCAAAAGUGCUUAGAAAACGCUCACUUGGCCCAGGCGCUCGAGGCUGAAAGACAAGCUCUCAGGCAGUGCCAACGGGAGAACCAGGAACUCAAUGCACACAACCAGGAGCUAAACAACCGUCUUGCAGCCGAGAUCACCAAAAUGCGAUCGAUGACGAGCGAAGAUGGUGGAGACGUUGUCAUGCAUAGCAGGGAAUUGUAUGAACUAGAGGUGAUGUUGAGGGUGAAAGAGUCAGAAGUGCAGUAUCUGAAGCAGGAGAUAAACUCUUUAAAAGAUGAACUCCAAACAGCCCAAAGAGAUAAAAAAUAUGCAACAGAUAAAUACAAGGACAUCUACACAGAACUAAGCAUUGUAAGGGCCAAAGCCGAGCGGGAUCUGGGCCGACUUCGAGACCAGCUACAGCAAGCCCAUGAAGCACUGGGGGAACCCACACUGGAGGAUAUGGAACGCAGUGGUUACGAUAUCAUGAAGUCGAAGAGCAAUCCUGACAUUUUAAAGAUGGCGGCUGCCGCUGCGAAACGCUCCGAGCGUAGCAUGAGGUCAAAGUCUGUGAAUCGUGACAUGCCCUGGGACAGCUAAACCAUGAAGACCUUAUGACUUCUAAUUUUAGAGUCUCAAGGAAGGUUUGACGGCUGAGCAGAGACUUCACUUGUUUGACAACAAGGACACUAAGGACUUCUGACAUUGACGCGUCGACAUGCCUUGCUGCAUGUUAAUGAGACCCACUAUGUUUUAGCCCAUUAAAUAAUCACAUAAGAGACACACUGGUCACAGCAUAUAUUAAACAUGGUAUGAAGUUUAAAUUUUAUGUCUAUAGUCUGCAUUUCAUGCACUUCAGUUACUGUGACAUUGUUUUGUUUUCCAUUGCCAUGUCUUAAUGUAAAUACAUUGUUUUUAACGGAGCAUCUAUCAUGCAUACACUAAACAUGACUGUGUAAGCUACUGUUUUAACUCUUCAGUUUGUGUGAAUCACCAGUGGAAUAAGUAACUACGUAAUGACUUGAGACUACAGAUUAUUGGAGCAUUAUACGCAUUUAACAAGGAGUAGAAUAUAACCAUGCCAUCAGGCUCGAGUCACGCUAGAUGUGGUCAGUACGCACAUUCCCUCCAGUUUCAGUGAAAUGGGAUGGCUGGCUGCAUCAAAUAGCUUAAAUUACACAACACAACGCUUGCAUUAAUAAACUGCUGACUUUUAAUAUCUUGACACUGCUUUAAUGCCUCAAGUGUUGGCUUGAAAGUGUUAAUUUCCAUCUCCAAAUGUUUUAAAUAUAGGACCAUUUCAUAUUAUAGUACAAUAAAGACUGUUAGAAUUAAUAAGAAUACACCUGGAGGAGUUCAUGCUGGUGUAUAUAAACAAAUUUACAUGUUUCCAUUAUAAAAAAUAAUGGUCCACUUAAGUUGAAUGGGAGUUUUGGUUUUUUGGAUAAUGUUUCCUCAAGUUCAUAAAGCCUAUAGUGUUCAGUGGCAGUCCUUUGUAUUUAUUUAAAUGUUAUGGAUUUUUGUCUCGCAUUUACAUUCCUCUAUACAUUAUUGUAAAUAUACUGCAAAUGUACACGAACUGACAACAGGUUUAUUAGCAAUAAAUAUUUUUGCACCCUC